AUGGUCGAAUUUUCUUUGAAGAAGGCAAGAAACAAUUGGAAACAUGCAAAAAAAUCUGCGAAUUCUCCUGCAAAGCAAAAGAUGCCUCCAUCGCCUGCCAAACCUAAACAAAAAACAAAAAAGAACCCAUACAGUGAUCUGAAGGAUCCCGCUACCAGUUACACACUACCAACCAUCAAUGCCAAGGAGAGAAAUAGGGUAGCCACUUCAAUGCAGAGAAGGCUAUCAAUUCAUAAUACAAGCUAUGCUCCUCCAACAUUAGAUUACUCAAUGCCCCUGCCUGAUAUGCCAAUCAUGGCAAUUCCUAAUGAUGUUAUAGAUAGCAGUCAUAAUAAUGGCAGCUUCACCACAGAAAAUGAAUCACUGAGUUCUAAAGAUCCGUCCAAUAGUCUAAACCUUUCCAUUGCUGAUGGAUCCCUAAAUGAUGGUUCACAUAAUAAGAUACCCACCAGAUCAGCAAUGAGAAAUACUAUGAUGCCUCCUGGUAGUAACGACCUUUUCCAUAACAGCAUGUCACUGAGGAAAGUAUUGGCGAACCCACGUUUCAAUGCUAAAGAUUUUGUUCAUGACAAGUUGGGCAAUGCAAGUGCCAUUACUAUUGAUAAAUUUACCUCAAAUCUGACUGAUUUAUCUGUACAGGUUCAAGAAGAAGUAAAGUUGAAUAUCAAUAAAUCAUACAACGAAAUCAUGACGGUGAACAACGACCUAAACAUCGCUAUGUUGGAGCUGAAAAGGGUCAGAGCAAAUAUUAAUGACCUAAACGAGACUAUGGAUCAGUUCACAGAAAUAGCCAAAAAAAGGUUGCAGUUACAAAGUCAAAUAAAUAGAAAGAAUCAAGGUGACGUUAAUAAUGUGCAAAGCCAUGCUAGCAGCCCAUCAUUGCUACCGCCUUUGAAAGCUGGACAUGAUGAUAUCCUUAUGAGAAGAGACAGAUCGAGUGUUUUCAUCCUAGAGAAAUUUUGGGAUACUGAAUUAAAUCACCUGUUUAAAAACGUCGAGGGCUCUCAGAAAUUUAUUAGUUCCUCAAAGGGAAGACAUAUUUUAAUGAACAGCGCUAAUUGGUUGGAAUUGAACACUACAACUGGUAAACCUUUACAAAUGGUUCAAAUUUUCAUUUUAAAUGAUUUGGUUCUUAUUGCUGACAAAUCAAGGGACAAACAGAAUGACUUUACAGUGAGCCAAUGUUAUCCUUUGAAGGACGUUUCUGUAACACGCGAGGAAUUUUCUUGUAAGAGGCUCCUUUUCAAAUUUAGCAAUUCGAAUUCGAGCUUGUAUGAAUGCAGAGAGGCUGAUGAAUGCGACAAACUGUUGGAUGCUAUAAGAAAGGCCAAAGAUGACUUAUGUGACAUAUUUCAUGUAGAAGAAGAGAAUUCGAAACGUAUUAGAGAAUCCUUUAGAUAUUUACAAUCCACGCAGCAGACUCCAGGCAGAGAAAGCAACAGAAGUCCCAACAAAAGUAAAAGACGUAGCAUGGGCGGUUCAACCACACCAGGCAGAAGUGUAACAGGUGCGAUGGACCAGUAUCUUUUACAGAACCUGACUUUAUCAAUGCAUUCGAGGCCAAGAUCCAGGGAUAUGAGUUCGACUGCUCAAAGACUCAGAUUUCUGGAUGAAGGGGUAGAAGAGAUCGAUAUUGAAUUAGCUAGACUCAGAUUCGAAACUGCUGUGGACGUAUUAUUGGAUAUUGAAUCGCAACUGCAGGAUCUUGCUGAGAGAAUUUCCGAUGAAGAGCUAAUGCUACACAACUUGAUAUCCCUGAAAAUAGAACAAAGACGAGAGGCGAUCUCUAGCAAGCUUUCUCAGAGUAUCCUGUCAUCUAAUGAGAUAAUUCAUUUAAAAAAUGGUACUGAAAACAUGAUCAAAAUAGGAUUACCUGAGGAAGCCCUUGAUCUUUUCUUGCAGAAUAGGUCCAAUUUUAUUCAAGAUCUUAUUUUGCAAAUUGGCUCGGUGGACAAUCCCACAAAUUAUUUGACUCAGUUAGCUGUUAUUAGGUUCCAAACCAUCAAAAGAACGGUAGACGACUUCCAGGAUAUUUUCAAGAAGCUCAGCAGUAAAAUCUCUUCUAUCCUAGUGAAUUGGUGUGGUGACGAAGUGGACAACCAUUUCAAAUUAAUAGACAAGCAACUACUGAACGACGAAAUGCUAUCGCCAGGCUCUAUCAAGUCAUCCAGAAAGCAAAUAGACGGAUUGAAGGGUGUGGGGCUGGAUUUUGUUUAUAAAUUGGACGAAUUUAUCAAGAAGAACAGUGAUAAAAUUCGUUAG